AGCUGUUAUUGUAUUUCAGGAAAGAAGAUCAUCGAAGUAGUUGUUUAAUUAUUAAGAGAAUUAAGUGCACCAAUUAGAUCGAUUUUAUUACAAAUUAAAGUAUACUGAGUAUUAAAAGCCGAUUUUUAAUAUAUCAUGAAUAUUCAGCGUGUUAUAUCGAGAGUGCACGGUCUUUUUCUUUCACAUUUUAAUGUGAAUCAACCCAGCUGCUUUGCACUUAGACAUUACAGCAGUAAAAGUGAUAUUAAUGAGCACAGAGCAAAAGUUAUGGCCAAAGGACUACCAGAAAAAAAGCCUCUUCCAGGAGUUAAGAGUAUAAUUCUUGUGGCUUCUGGGAAGGGGGGAGUGGGAAAGACUACAACUGCUGUGAAUCUCGCAUGUGCUAUGAAAGUAAUUGAGCCAGACAAAGAAAUAGGUCUGUUGGAUGCGGAUGUAUUUGGGCCAUCAGUUCCGCUAAUGAUGAACAUAACUGGAGAGCCCAUGUUAAAUGAUGAGAACCUUAUUGAACCACUGUUAAAUUACGGUGUUAAAUGCAUGUCGAUGGGGUUGCUAGUGUCUGGUGAAAACGCGGUGGUUUGGCGCGGGUUGAUGGUGAUGCAGGCGUUGGAGCGCCUCACUCGACACGUGGCGUGGGGUCCACUCGACUGUCUCGUGGUGGACACGCCGCCCGGAACCGGAGAUACUCAUCUAUCGCUCGCCCAGAACCUCCCCAUCGAUGGUGCUUUGGUAGUCACUACUCCGCAAUCUGCAGCGCUGCAGGUGACGAAGAGAGGCGUGAACAUGUUCGAAAAACUUAAAAUACCAAUCGUCGGUCUGGUAGAAAACAUGUCGCACGCCAUGUGCAGCAAGUGCGGGACCAAAAAUUUUGUGUUCGGAAACGAAACUAAGCAAUCGGCGGAUCAAAUGGGACUUGAAAUUAUUGAGAGCUUUGAAGUUGACGCGAAUAUGUCUGAAUGUAUAAACAGCGGUAAACCGGCCAUAUACGCCCUAGCAGACAGCAUACACGCAGAGAAAUAUAGACAGUUAGCAAAUAAAGUUUUUAAAUAUAUAUCAGAUAAGGAUAAGGAAGCGAAAGCGACCAAACAGUAGUCUCACAGAAAACAUCUACAAAGUAGUUUGUUGAAUUUGUUUAUUUUUAAUAUUUUACAAUAAAUGUUAUAUAAAAGAUGUUGUCUGACUUAAAAAUAACAUAACAUCAUGGCAAACCUCACGUCCUCAAACAGACAAAAAUAAGCUAGAGGAAAGUAAACGACAAUAUCAAUGACAUAUAAAAAAAUGUAAUAAAGAUCCGGAUAACAUCACUAGUGGAUAAUAGAAAUAAAUAAAAAUACUAUAAAAAUAUUUUAUUAUUAUUAUUCUUUUGUCUUUUAAAAUAUAUUAUUUUAAAGUAAUAAAAUUUUAAGGAAAGUCAUAUAAGAAAUCACUCAUUCGUCACGUGCUGUUAUUGAAUAUAUAAAAAAACGGUCCACAUGAUACCAAUACCAACGGUCAGUCGACGAGUACAAUCUGAUACUGGCGUGUAUGUACUAUAUAUUUCAUUGAUUGGAAUGGUCGCUUGAAGUCGAUAAACAUCUUUUUAUCGGAAGAACGGAUAUUGUUAAUUUAAUAAAUGUGAUUCCAUGUAGCAGGUUUGUAUAGUAUCUAAUGACAAAGGACAAAGCAACAAACAUGAUAUUUGAACUCCUAGA